GGUACCCGUCAUAAAUCGCGAGACGGUUUGUCGCCCUGUCUAUUCUUGGGAAUUAGACCCUUACACGCUGUUGGAAAAUAAGAGGGAGAUGUCUCUACGCUGCGGGAUUGUCGUCCGCACUGUGAAGCCCCGAGUAUUUGGAAAAUAUUUAUGCAGUCCAGUCAGAGCAGUUAGUUCCUUGCCAGAUAAAAAAAAGGAAUUUUUACAGAAUGGACCAGACCUUCAAGAUUUUGUAUCUGGUGAGCUUGCAGACAAGAGCACCUGGGAUGAAUAUAAAGGAAACUUAAAACGCCAAAAAGGAGAAAGGUUAAGAUUACCUCCAUGGCUAAAGACAGAGAUUCCCAUGGGGAAAAAUUACAAUAGACUGAAAAAUACUUUACGGAAUUUAAAUCUCCAUACAGUGUGUGAGGAGGCGCGCUGCCCCAAUAUUGGCGAGUGCUGGGGAGGCGGAGAGUACGCCACUGCCACAGCCACCAUCAUGUUGAUGGGUGACACAUGUACAAGAGGUUGCAGGUUUUGUUCUGUUAAGACUGCAAGAAAGCCACCUCCACUGGAUGCCAGUGAGCCCUACAGUACUGCCACGGCGAUCGCAGAGUGGGGCCUGGAUUAUGUUGUCCUGACGUCUGUGGAUCGAGAUGAUUUGCCCGAUGGAGGAGCUGAGCACUUUGCAAAGACUGUGUCACACUUAAAGGAAAGGAAUCCAAAAAUUCUUGUGGAAUGUCUCACCCCGGACUUCCGAGGAGAUCUGAAAGCAGUGGAAAAAGUCGCUCUGUCAGGAUUAGAUGUGUACGCACAUAACGUGGAAACAGUCCCAGAAUUACAGAGGAAAGUUCGUGAUCCCAGGGCCAAUUUCGACCAGUCUCUACGUGUACUGAAGCACGCCAAGGAGGUGCGGCCUGACGUGAUUUCUAAAACGUCUAUAAUGUUGGGUUUGGGCGAGAAUGACGAGCAAGUGUACGCAACAAUGAAAGCUCUUCGUGAGGCGGACGUGGACUGUCUGACUCUAGGGCAGUAUAUGCAGCCAACGAAGCGCCACCUGAAGGUUGAAGAAUACAUUACUCCUGAAAAGUUCAAAUACUGGGAAAAAGUAGGAAAUGAACUUGGAUUUCAUUAUACUGCAAGUGGCCCUCUGGUGCGUUCCUCAUAUAAAGCAGGUGAAUUUUUCCUGAAAAAUUUAGUGGCUAACAGAAAAACAAAAGCCCUCUAACUCUUAACAAGACAUUCAAGAUCACAGGAGCUUUUAAAACCUGAUUCCAUUUGCUACCUGAGGUGGGGACUGAAUGCCUGUACUUCACUGGAUGAACCCAGUCUUUUGUUUCAAGAGAAAUGUCAAUAAGCUGUGCAUAUUUAAUGAUAGUUAUUUAUUUGUCUUUUAGCAUGUCUUUUUGUCCCAGUAAACAAUUGUUUGCUACAGUGUAAUCAUAAAACAUCUUUGUAAGAGUUUACUGUUAUAGUAUAAUUUUAAAAGUACAUAAAAAAACUUCUAGGAAACUUUAAUCCUGUUACCUGUGCAUCAUUUCAUUUCUGAUAAAUGACAUACUGUGAGAAAACCAGUAUAGAUUGAGGCUAUGAUCAGAUUAUUAGUAAUUAGCAUGUGUUCUUUAUAUAAUAGUACUACGUCAUCAUUGGAGUAAUUUAGAAAGGCUUAGGAGUGCCAGUGCCGGUUUUCACAGUCAUACGACUACUUUAGGCUUGCAGAAGAGCUGUGCCCUGAUUACUGGAGGAGCUCAGUGAAGCCAAGACCGCAACGCUGUCCACGACAGGGAAGUGUAACCUAAGAGCAGUGUGUGACGUCUGCACGCACUGCCCUCUUAGUCCUCACAUCACUCUGGUGAGGCCGUUGUAGAUGGAAUAGCAGUGGCCCGAGGCAGACUGCUCCAUCUCACAAAGGAAAUGUUUAGGUGGCUGUACUGUAAAAUAUGUCAAGUGGAGAGCCAGGUCUGUUUUGAAUUUUUAAACAUUCACUAGGAUGUUUUAUAAAAGUAAGGCAUAACUUUGAAAAUUAGUUAAAUUUUAAUCUAACUCACGGGUCAGAUGUACUUUGAUUCACUUUCAAAUGUAAGCAUCUCUGAAAUGAUUCUCUUUAAAAUCUAUUCUUUGACUGGAAUAACAGAUUAGAAUAUGAUGUUUCCUAAUUUUGCACAAUGGAGGCAAAUGGUAAUGAAACAUUUUAGCAGAAGAAUACUUUGUCAAAUGAAAUUUUCAUGAAAUCCCAAUGUAAAAUAAUUAAAAUGGCACUUUAUUAGCACAAUGUAAAUUUCAGAUUGGUGACAACUAUAUAGUAGUGGCUGAAAAUAAAACCGUUUUGAUACAAAUGUGAAA